AUGAUUGAUUUCUACAUUUGGACAGCCAGCAUCAUCUUGAUAGGAUUAAUUAGACCUACUACCCAGUGUGAUUCAAAAACAUUGCAAGGAUGCCUUCUAGGUGAAACAACCGAGACAACUAAAAUAUCACUCUUAGAUUAUUCAGCCUAUGGAUAUGGCUUUUGGUUCUAAUAUUUAGCCAUGAGCUUUAUUCUUAGUGAUGAUUUAGCAAAAUUUCCUAAUCUUGAAGGGUUUCUAUUAAUAAGGGAGAUAAAUCCUGAUACUUCUAAGUAUAGGGUGUUUUUGUAUUAGGAUUGGAAAAACAACAAUGCUAAUUAGGAAAAAUAUUUAUUUUUAUAAUAUGAAUCAAAUAGCUAAAUGAUCCAAUUAGCAAAAUUCAUAUUUGACUCAUUUGAUUUUUAAGGCAAAUGGAUUCAUAUAUUUGUUUCAUAUUAAUUUCCUUAUUAAAGAUAAAUAAUUAUGUAUGAUAUUCUGAAUGAUAAUUGUCAAAUCAUAAACUAUUAAUCAAGUACUAAUUUAGAAUUGAAGGAGACAAUAAUUACUCAAGGAGGAGAAUUUAAAUUAUAAUUAAAUUAAAAUGAUGAAUCAAAACAAUUUGCUUAAUAUCCUGGCAGAAUUUCAAAAGCAGAGUAUAAUUUCGAUAAAAAUAAUGUAGUUUUUAACACAGUUAAAGAAUUUAAAAAUUUUAUUGAAUAAAAAUUUAUACCUUAACCAUUUUGUUAGACUUCAACUUAUGAUACGUCUUUAAUAUCAAAUUAUAAAUACAAAUUUGGAUUGAUUUAACUUGAAUCUUGGGUUAGAAUUGAUUAUGUUUUUAAUGUGAACUUUUCUGCCAGCCUUUUUGGAGUUGAAGUAUUAUCUGAUAUUGAUCUGGAAGGCUAUUAAAAGUUAGUUGAUUUAUAGUAUUGCCUUAUUUAAGCAUGGAAAUCUGAUUUAGCAAACGGAGUGUAUUUCUAAUCCCUCAAUUAGAUAGAUCCAGAAUUUCACUAUUAUGAGGAUCAAUUUCUAGGUGUUAGCGAUGUUGUUUUCCAUACUUUAAAAUAAGACUUAAAAUAAUGGCAUUAUGUUUCUAUACUUUAUGGUUUUGAUAAUUCAUAUGUGCCAGUUUCAAAUUUGAAAAUGUGGUUCCUUGAUGGGGAGGUCUAUGAUGUUCAAUAUCAUAAUAAAUCUUUUCUUUUCUAAGAAAGUCGCAUAAAAAUGAGAAGCGCAUUUCUUAUCAAUUUAGCAGUUAAUGGGAUUUAGAUAUUAGCAGAGAGUAGUAAGAUAACUGUUUGCUUACCAGAGUCAUUUGAUCUUAUGAAAAGUAAGUUUUUUUUGAUUAAUAAAGAAUGUCACUUUAGUUGUUUAGAUUGUAAUGGUCCAUAUCUUAAUUAAUGCAUAAAUUGUGAUUAGAGCUCUAAUAGAUAUCUAGAAAAUAGUUAUUGCAAAUGUACUCUUGGCUAUAUUGAAAAUAAUCUUGGAAAUUGCAUAUAAUUCUUGGAUUUCUAUCCCACUUCAAUAUAAGAUUAUAAUGCAAAGAAUUAAACUCUAUCUUAAUUUGGUUAUUUUCCAAUUAAAGAAGUCGAUAAUCAAAUAAUUUAUAUACGUUGUCCGUAAUUUAAUGAAAUUUAAUUGGAAAAGAUAAGUUGCAUAGAAUGUUUGACUUAACCCGAAUCCUUUGCUAAACUAUUGAAAUGUGAAUCCGAUUAUGUAUUUAAUAGUUAUGGUCAAUAUGAAUUAAUUUAGAGAGAAGAUAAAGAUAUUGAAAUAUAUUUUCUUGAUACGUCAACAUCUUCUCUUACAUUGUGUAUUGGAUGCAAAUCUUUUUGUAAUUAAAAUAUUGAUUCAAAUUGUCAUUUUAAUUCUUUGUUACAGGUAUAUAUUUAAUGCCAAUCUCAAUUCUAUUAUGAAAAUGGAGAAUGUGUAGUGUGUAAUUCAAAUUGUAAGACAUGUGAAGAUUUUUCUAUUUGCACAUCUUGUUAUGAUAAAAUGACUUUGAAUCCUAAUAAUAAUGAAUGUCUUGAAUGUCCAAAAGAUUGUUUAGAAUGUGAAUAUAAUUCUGUAUUUUAAGGAUAAUGUUACCCUUGUAGUAAAUAUUGCUUAGAAUGUAUAUAUGUUUAAAAUCCUAAAGAUGGAUAGUAUUAUAAUAGAUGCAAUAAUUGCAUAGAUAAUUCAAAAUAUUAUUUAUCAAUCAAUGCAGUUGAUUGUAUUCAAAAUCUAGAUCUUAAUUGUAUAUAUGCGAUCUAAUUUCAUAAAUCCUGGUUUAUGAGAGAUAGAGUAAACACUAUAUUUUACAUGUAUGAAAGCGGAGAUUUUAAUUCUAAUUAACUUAUUAAUUAUUGUGCUUUGUGUGCUGAAGGAUAUGCCUCAUUACUCUCAGGAUAAUGUGUUAGAAUAGAUUCAAUUCCUGAUAAUAUUCAAAAUAAACAAUAUUGCAUCCAAAUGUACUAAAUGGAGGUGUAUCAAUCUUUGCAAUUAAACCAAUUAUAGUACUUAUGUAUGGUUUACACAAAAGAAUUUAAAUAAAUUGUUUCAGUUUCAAAUGGUUGUGAAAAUCUCUUGUUUUAAUGUGCUUACUGUUUCAAUAAUAUAUGUUUGUAAUGCUAUCCUGGAUAUUAUAGUGAAUUAGUUUCUGGAUAGUGCGUAGCAUGUCCAUCAGAGCCAAAUUGUUAUCGAUGUGAAUAGCGAUCAAAGUAAUGGAAGAAUGGAUGGAAAAUUUGGUAUGCUAUGGUUCAUUAUUUAUUGAAACGUAGAAGCUUUUAAGGUGAUGUGUUCGGAAAUGAACCAUAUGAUAAAUUAGAGGUUGUUUGUAAGACUUGCACAGUAGAUUUUGAAUUUUACUAAGAUAAAUGUAUCAAGAAAUGUGCAGAUAAUUGUGAGCUCUGCAUAAAAAGUAAUGGAUAAAAUAAAUGUGUUAAAUGUAAGAUGUAUGAAGGUCGACGUCUGUCUUUAUAUGAUGGCGAAUGCAUUGAUUGUCCAAGGUAUUGUCAGAUUUGUAAACCUAAAACUAAUUCUUAAUUAUUAAGUGCUAAUCCAUAUUUCUCGAAUUCUGAUAUCAAAUCUUCAACACAUACUUGUUUAAUGUUAUAAACGGGAUUAAGCUUUUAAGAUUAUUAUUAUGAUACGAAAUUUUAAUAAUUCUUCAAGCUAAGCGAAACUGGAACAGAUCCUAAUUCAAUUACAUUAAAAUUCAACCUUUAUUGUAGCUCAGAGCUCUUUAAUUAACAUUUAGAUUUGGCCUAGGACAAAUAGCAUUUUCUACAGUAAAAUGUUAAAAUUGAUGAAUUAAUAACAAAUAAUUAAUCUUAAAGCAACUUUGGAAGAAUAGAAAAUCUAAAUUUGUAUACAUAUCUCAGCAUAUAACAGAUUUAAGAAGUUGAGUUAUAAUUUAGCUUCAUUUAGGAUUGUUCUAUAAAGCUUCACUCUUAUAUUUUCACUACUUUAAUUUAAAACAUCUAUUUUGUCACUUCAGCUAAAAUUAAAUUAAUUGGCAAUGGUUACACAUUAUUCCUUAACUCAAAUCUAGAAGUAUUAAAUUUCGAAUCUAUUUCAAUAUAAAAUCUAAUAAUUUAGCUGUAAUCAACUGUGAAUAUCCAUUUAUAAUCCUUAAGUGCUUUGAAAGUACAAUUUAAUUCAGUAGUUAUACAAUAAUAUUAAGAAGAUUUAAAUCCAAUAGCAUUUAAUAUUGUAUCCACAAAUCUCUAAGAAUUAUGGAUUCAAGACUUAUCUCUACAGAAUCUAAAUUUAUAAUCUGUAGCUAGUUUUUUUUACUUCGAAUAUACAGUUUAGUAACAAUAUAUUGACAUUAAUAUUGAUCAAUUUACUAUUAAAAAUUCAAUGAUACACAAUUCAAAUAUUAUCUUACUUGAUAAUUACUUUUAAAAAACAACAAAUUGCUAAUUUAAUAACAUUCUAAUCGUAAAUUCCGAUCUUAAUUUAAGCUAAUUUAUGAAAAUUCAAAAUAAUUAAUAAUUAGUUAUGUAAGGAUCUAUAUCAUAAAUAUCAAUCGUUUCAUCCUUUUUAUAAGAUAUUCAACCUUUAUUCUAGACUUUUUGCUUUAAAAGUUUAAAUAUAAGCGGAAUCUCUUUAACAAAUUCAACAUUCUAAAAUUUUAUUUUAUUUUAAACAACUAAUGAAUAAAUUAAUAAGGAUUAUUUAAUUAAGUUUUGUAAUUUAAAGAAUAGCUCAAUUAUUAAUUUUGUUUAAGACUAUUAAUUUCAAUCGAUUAUAUUUCAGAAUAUUGAAGUUAAUUAAGUAUAUCAUGACGAUAAAACAAUUCUUAUAAAUUUAGUAUCAAAUGACUUUACUAGCACAAUUAAGAUGUCAAAUAUUAUUUUAGAUACAAUCACUAUUCUUGAUAAUAUAUAAUUGGUUUAAAAUUUACAGUCAAUUAUGUCAAUAAUUAUUAUCUAAUCCAACUUUAUUGAAAUAUCUGAUAUUAAAAUCAUUAGAUCAACUGGCAUUACAGAAUUUUUAUUAACUUCAGCUAUGAACUUAGUACUUUCAAAUUUUACUAUUACAUUAAACCCAAAGUACUUCUAUAAAAGCAUAAUCACAGAUGAAUAAUGUUUAUAACUUAAUACAUAUUCUAAAUAUACAACCACUUUAAUUGUUUAGAAGGCAUAAAAUAUUAGAAUAUAGAACUUUUAUAUAUCUAAUCUUAUUCUUUUGGAUUUCCCUAUGAUUUAUAUAAUCUCGAUUGCGACCUAAAUUAUUAAAAGAUCAGAAUCUGUUGUUAUUGAUUCCAUGAAUUUAGAUAAUUGCAUCAUCUAAAAGAGUUAGACUAUUAAUUAGAUAUCUGGAAUUCUUAUAUAAUCAGAAUAAUAAUAAGAUAUCCAAAUUCUAAAUUCUAAAUUUAAUAAUAACAUUUACUAUUCAUACUAUAAAGAAUCUGAGUCUGACUCAGCUUUAAUAUUCUAUAUAAUUGCAUAAAAUUCGAAAAUAUUGUUGAUCAAUUGCUAGUUUAAACAAAAUUAUGUCUCUUAAAGUGAAAAUAGUUUGUUAUAUAUAAAUGCAGAAUAAAUUAAUGUAAUUGAUUCAUCUUUUUUUUCAACUAAUUACAUCUUUGAUAGCUUUUUGAAGCACAUAAAUUGGAAAUAUCAACCUUAUACUUUAACAUUAGAAUAAAUCAAAAAUUAAUUUUAAGUAUAAUCCGCAAGUGGAAAUGGUUAACUAAUAUCUUCCUCAGUUUAAUUUAGAAACAUAAAUAUUGAAGGUAGUUUUUCAACUUCUGCAGGAUGUUUUAAAAUUACAUUAGAAAAUGAAGGGUAGUUGCUUGUCAAAAAUUCUGUAUUUAAAAAUAUCUACACUAAAAUAUCUGAAGAAUAAUCAUUUGGUGGUUGUCUUUAUGUUAUUGAUAGAAGCAUUAAUAUCUAAAUUGAUAUAUUAGAUUCUAUUUAUGAUACAAUUAUUGGAACUGCUGAAGGUGGUGUUAUUUAUCUGAAGCCAAUAGCAUUAUAAGUUAACUUCAACUUCACUAAUGUGACAUUUUAAGAUGUCUUUUCAAAUGAUGGUAAUAUUGCCAAACUUAAUUUCCUAAGCUAUAAUCAAUUACUCUAUAUGUAGAAUUGCAGAAUUUUAUAAACUAUUGAAGGUUAUUCAAAAUUUAGAUCUUUGUUUAGUUCAUUUCAGAAAUAUGAAACUACCAUGAUUUCGAUAUAGUAAGGAUAUCUUAUUUUAAGAGAUAUAUUCGUUUAAUUAUAUUUAAAUAUAUUCUUAUAGUUGAAUUACCAAAGCAGAAUCAGUUUGACAUCAAUCGAGAUAGACUAUUCUUAUUAUUAUCAGAAUUCUAUAAUGUAAAUUAGCUUUUCAGCAGAUUAACAAUGCAAAAUUGAAAUUACAGGUCUCAAAAUCAAAAACUUUAAAUGGUACAAAGAUGAUCCAAAAUUGGUAGCAAUCUAAAUUAGGUAAGUAAUAGAUGAACAAUAAAAAUUGUCAUAAGACUGUAGAAAUGAAUAAAUAUUAGGAUUGAAAAAUUAGACAUAUGAAUUAAUAAAUUUAUCAGAUUUUAUAGCUGAACCCUAAAAUUAGAUUUAAAAUCUAGUUUAAAUAACAAAUGUAAAAAAUAAAGAUUCAAUAUCAAUUAAAUCGAGCUAGUUUUCAAAUAAUUAGUGUUUAUUAUGCUUAUCAGGGCUUAUUUUUGUUAAAUUAAUUGAGUUUUAAUCAGACAAUAUUAUUAUAUCAAAUAUAUGGUUGAUGGAUAAUUAAUGUGGUGAAAAUGGAUGUUUAUGCAUUGUGUAAGAGUUUCUAAGUUAAGAUCAAAAGAAAAUGUCUACGUUAACAUUAGACACUAUGUUUUGUUAUAGAAAUUAAGCAAAGAAAGGAGGAUGCAUAGUCAGCCAAUAGGUUGGUCUUAAAAUAAAAAAUAGUAUUUUCAGUGAAAAUCUAGCAGUUGAAUAAGGAGGAAGUAUUUAUUAUGAUGGAGAAGUUACAAAUCUAUUAUUAUAGAAUAACCUUAUCGUGUCAAACACAGCAUAAGAAGGAGGUGCAAUAUAUCUAGGCAACCAAAGUUUGCCAGAAUUAAAUAAAACUUUAAACUACUUCAAUAAUAAUACUGCAUAUGGAUAUGGUAACAUUAGUUCAUCUCACUCAACUUAACUUACAGUAAUGUACAAAAAUUUAUAAUUUUCAACUUUAAAUUCUUUGAACAAUGGGAGGAUAAAUGCUUACUUAACUAAUUAAUCAAAUUCCUCAUAAAUAUUAGUCUUAAAAUUGCCGAGUGGCUAAUAAAUUUAAACAUAUUAGUAUUUUAAUAUAUAGAAAUAGAAAUACGAGCAUUAACAUUUAAAAUUUAGAAUUUUAGCUUUAAAUGCCUAUCAUGAAUAACAAUUUCAUCUUAAUAAUAGUGAAUGUUUAAUUGAAAGUGGGCACCAGUAAGGUUCCUAAGAAACCGUUUUUACAAAUAAUUAUACAAAUUAUAAUCGAAAAGUUUUUGAUUAAGAAACAUAAGAUUAUAAUUUAGAUGAUUUAAUUAUUUAUUACGGAACUGAGAAUGAUUAAUCUAAACUAAUCUUAUAAAUAAGUUGUAAUAGUGUAUAAAUCCCAAAGUAUGAAGAUACUUUUCCUCAUUAGAUUAUGGAUUACAAUUCUAAAUAUUAAUUAAUUUUAUACAUUCAAACAUAUCCAUGUUAAAUAGGAGAAUAUAAGAAUCUAACCGAUAAUGCUUGUUAUUUAUGUGACAUUAACAAGAAAUAAUAUUCAGUAACUAUCAAUGCAACAACUUGUUAAUUUAUGGAUGAAGAUACAAUAGCAUCAAUAACACCUGCUUAACUUUAAUUAAAAUCUGGAUAUUGGAGACCAUAUAUAAAUAGUGAAAUUAUUGAAUAUUGCUAAAAUAAAAUUGAGAACUGUUUAGGUGGAUGGAAAUAAGGAGAUGAGACUUGUGAAAUUGGCUAAUUGGGAGCUUGUUGUGAAGCUUGUGAUUAAUACAAUAUUAGAGGAAAUGGUUAAUAUAGUCUUAAAAAAUUAUAUUAAUGUUAAAAGUGUGACGAUUUGGAUAAACAAAUUAUUUAUAUCAUAUUGAUAACCUUAUGGAAUUUACUUUCAAUCUAUUUAUCAACAAAUGGAGUUGAGAAAUUGAUAUUAGAAUUAUAGAAAAACAAAGUAGGAACAAGAUAAUUAAUAAUUAACAAUAAUAAACAAACUGGCCCAAUAAUGAAAAUGUUUACAAACUAUUUACAAAUUUUGGCUAUCAUAAUAAAUUUUAAUGUUGAAAUUCCAUAAGCAUUUAAGGAUUAUUAUAAUAUUACUGGGAACUCUUAAACAAUGUUAUUAGUAACCACAGAUUGCUUUUUAGCUUAGAAUUUUUAAGAGGGACUCAUAUAUGUGAAAAUAAUAUAUAGUAUUAUUUGUCCACUGUUUUAUGGAUGGAUCUACUUAUCUAUAUACUUCUUAUUGAAAUCCUUAAAGAAGAUUGUUUAUAAUGAAGUAAUACCAAAAACUUGUGUCUUAUAUUUGUUUUGCUAUUUCUAAAUAUAGGUGAUAUAAUUAUUGAUAUCUUCAUUAUCAUUUAGAACAUUAUCAGACAUAAAAUGGAUACAGGGGGAUUUGGCUUAUUAAUUUGAUACAUCGCUUCAUUAAUAAUGGAUUCCUUAUCUUAUCGUACUAGCAAUCAUUAUUGGAGCUACAGUACCAGGAAUAUUUAUGAUAUACUUAGCGAAAUAUAGAAAUUCGCUUUAAAAAUAUGAUGUCAGAAGAUUAUUGGGAUAUUUAUAUUUAGAAUACUAACAUAAUGCUUAUUAUUGGGAAAUAAUUAGGAUUGUAAGUAGGGAAUUAAUAAUGAUUGCUAUUACAUUUUACCAAGAUAAUAUGAUUAUUAAAUGCACGCUUUUAUUUAUUGUAUUACUCGCCUAUUAUUUUAUAAACUUAAUGGUUUUACCUUUUCAGACAAAAUCUUUAAAUUAAUUAGAAUAAAUGAGCACUUUGUUAUGUACUUUUACAUUAUUUGAAGUUCUUUCAUUAUCAUUAACAAGUAGUUUUUCUACUAUUGCCAUAUUAUUCAUAAUUAUAACAAAUAUUUAUUUGUCUAUUACCUUUAUUUAGAGUUUAAUACAUGGGUAUUUAUAGUCUAUGGAGGAAUUAAUAGACAAGAUCAAGGAUAUCAUUAGAGAGAACCUGAAAUCAAAAUUCAAAGAUAACCGAUUAUUGGAUAGUUGGCUUGUAAAUAAAGGCUAGAGGAGAAAGUUAAUUAUUGAGAGAUUUAAAAAAAUAAAGAAACAUCUUUCUGUAGUGAGAUCAAAACUUAGUAGUAUAGAAAGGUAGAAAUUUUCACAAAAUCCAUUAUCUAGUGGUUUGCCAGACCCAAGAGAUUUCACUUUAACAUUGGUGAGAUAAUAAUAGAUUUUAUUUACAAGUAGCGACUACAACACUAUCAACGACCCUUUGACUAAUUUGAUAAAUAAAAAGAAAUCAGAAGAAUGA